GGGGAUUUCUCUCUCUCUUUCUCUCACGCACACACACUAUUUCUCUCUCUCUCUCUGUCUCUCUCUCUCUGUCUCUCUGCAGACUAUUUUUGUUCGUCAUUAGCGGCUAACGGCUAACGCACACUCACACAGAGAUGUCAGGUCGAUGUUAACCCUUUAUUAUGUCCUCAGCUGGGUUUACUGUGACCCGGGUUCGGUCCAUGUGACCCGGGACAACUGACCUGGUCCGGGAGUUUUGAGGUAGGGGGUGGGGGUGGGGGGAGGCGGCACAGUUAGCCUCUGCUAGCAUGGCUAAGCUAACUCCCCGGUUUUAGCAUCAGGAGCUCCGAGUAGAUUUAUUGUCAGUCCGGGUUCGAGCUUCACUCCGGACCAGACCAUCCAGAACCCCCACCCCCGAGUUCGGCCUCUGUCCCGAGUGUCUCUGGUAAGUUUUAAUACUGAGGAUCAGGUUAUUGAUGAAGGUUUACAGCUAACUGUUAGCAACAUUAGCCGUUAGCUUAGUGGAGUCUUUGUUUUCCCAGAGGAGCUUAGCCGUUAGCAUGUUAGCAUGUUUAGCUAGCACCUCUGGGAAACUCAUAAAGGACUGUCUGGUCCAAAGAGGUCCAGACCUCCAGAUCUGAGUCCAGACCUCCAGAUCUGAGUCCAGACCUCCAAACCUGAGUCUAGACCUCCAAACCUGAGUCCAGCUGACCCUCUGAGGCUGAAACCUGAUUCUACUAAAGACCGGUUGUACAGACCUGAUCCUGAUCCAGGUGGGGGGUACUUAAGUUCAUAAACAGGUCUGCUCUAACCCCCCGUCUUUUUCUACAACCUCCCAGGGUGACCAUGGACCCUAAACCAGACCGCAGACCGAGACUCUCAGGGUCCCUCCUUUACCUGCUCGUCCUCUCAGGUGAGUUCACUCUGCCCCCGAACUCCCCUACUCUCAACUGUGGAGGGCGCCUCCAUGAAAACUGGAGGGUAUAAAUCAGAUGGGCGGGUAUGGGACACCCUCCUAACUCCACUGGAAAACAUAAAGAUCCAUUGCCAUAGCGACACAAAGAUGUGUCCUGUUCAUUACAGCAUGUUCAGUUCACAUCUGUACCAGCUGCCUCGUUUCUUCAUCAUCCCAGUAAAAUCAUAAAUCCAGGAACCAUCACAGAGACAGGAGCUCAAUCAAACUUCUGAUUGUUAGUGAUUCACACUAGGGGUGGGAAUCUUUUACUGUUUUUCGAUUCGAUUCUGAUUUUUGGAGCCACAAUUUGAGUUGAAAUGGAUUUUUGAUUCAAAACAAUUUUAUUCAUAAUGAUUUUAUUUUAAUGAUUCAGAUCAUGAUCUACUCACUGCUGUGCAGAAUGACAAAUAAAGACAUUAAGGUGUCUUUUUCACAUUUAUUUAGCUUUAAGGUCCUUACCAUAGACUGUAUAUAAGAUGGACACCGUGGUUCCGCCUUCCGCCUGUAUACGAAUUUGAAGCCAAAAAGCUCUCGGUAAUUCCGGGUUUUUCUCCACUUCCUUGAAACCAGAGCUGCGCAGUAGCGACGCGCACAUUCGGCCGCGCAUAUCCCGGGGAAGACUUUUGCCGGGGAAAGUCCUGUCUCCUUUGCUUCUGAUUGGUUAGAAAAGCUUGAAACGUCAUCACACGCUCAAGCCAAACAGUCAGCACUUAUAGCCAAUCAGAGGCGAUAACAUAAGCACAUGAAGCUAUGGUAACAACCAUUAGCUUACAUUAGCACAGAUGAAGGUAAAACAAAGACAUUUAUCAAACUGUUAAAGCUCACAAACCAUCAUCAUAUCAGAAAUCUGCCACUAUUACUUUUACCAUGAGCUCUACUGCUUUAACUUCUACUUCUUCUAUUCUAAAACUACUUCUACUGCUUACAUGACUACUAAUAUCACUACUACAACUACCUAUUAUCAUUCUACUUCUAGUACUACAACUAAAACUUACGCCACUUCUCACUUUUCUGUGUUUUAAGGUCAUUUUCUUCCUUAUCCAAUUUUUUUGCAAUUUCAGACAGUUUUUCUAGCCUAAUUCAGCAUGAAUGCAGUUUUUAUUUAUAAAGCACAUUUAUACUGUUUGGACUUGAACAAUUUUCACUUUCAUCCAACUUCCACUUCUUCUUCACCAUUUUUUAUUAGCAGUUUUGGAAGAAUAUGCUAUGAAUGCAACAUUGCCAUGACCCCCCCCCGAUUGCACAGGUGUGUGUGUUCACUUUAAAUCCACCAAACACACCUGCAGCUUACACACAUAAACACAGACACUAGCAAACACAGUCACACACACUCACACACAAAAACACACACACUCACACACUCUCUGCUCUUCCUCCUCUGAUGGCGGCAGGAUGUCUGGGGGAGGGGUUUACUCUGUCGUAGAUCACUAUGGUAACUGAAUGUCUGACCUGCUCAGGUAAUCUUCAUGAUCUGAUAUCAAUGUGUAGAAAACUCACCAACCAAUCAGAGUGCAGCUCACGGCACAGUGGGAGAGAGCGUUUAUUCUGAAUCAGAUUAAUUAAGGUUCUGAUGCUUCUUAUGGUUCUGAUCCUCUGACAGGCGCUGGAACGGAGUUUUACCAGUUUUGUCCUCUGUCUUUACCCAGGAUGCAUCGCUGCGUCUCAGAGGAACGAUAACGUCUAUGUGUCCGGGAUUUCUAAUGGUAAGCUUGCUGUGAUGUCACAAUCAUACUAAUAAUGUCAUAUCCAGUUUCGUGGUCAUAAUGAGCUCACCCCCCCACCCCACCCCCUUAGCCUGCGGCGACAUGGCGGAGCUCCUGCGGGCGUCCAGCGGCGUCAUCACCAGCCCUGGGUGGCCCUUUCAGUACCCAUCCAGACUAAACUGCAGCUGGAACAUCAGAGCCCGCCCCGGAGACACCAUCACUAUCAGGUGUUAAAAUUUUGUUAAUUUAAUUAAUACUGUAUAUCUACAUGUUAUUUUUUAACAAAUGUCUGCCCGCCUUUUAAAACACGUCUUCAAAGAAUUAAAGGCAGAAAAAACUCAUUUCAAAUCUUUUUUAUUGCUAAAACAACUAUAAAAAAUAAUAAUGAGGUAUUUUGUCUAAAGUGCAAAAAAUUAACUUCCAAUUCUUUUGCUCAGGGUGAAAUGGUCCCACACCUUGUUUCGCUUGCUUUCUUUGGCAUCUGUAAAAAAACAAAACAAAAAGAAAAAAAGCGAGAGAACAGCAAGUAUGAAUUAAAUAUGCAUUAUUUAAAUGAAUCUGUCCAGUUAUGGGCCAUUUUCAAACUCAUAGCCUACAUUCAGCAUUUUUCUUGGGUUUACAUAAUAUGACUUACACUACAUCCCUGGCUAUUUAUUUUAACUGUAAUAAAGAUAAUAAUCUAAUUCUUUUCAGCUCAUUAUUCAGACUGUAGCUGGUGUGAAGGUCCUUACACACCGGGGCCCACGCAGAUAUAGAACACGAAAUUACGAAAUAUUCGGAGGUGAAUUUUGACGCGCCUGUCUAUACACAUCAAGCCCUAUGCGAUUUAGCUGCUUUCCAGGGGGGAAAAGACACAUCCCGGGAAAGACUUUUGCUGGGGAAAGUCCUGUCUCCUUCGCCUCUGAUUGGCUAGAAAAGCUGGAAAUGUCAUCACACGCUCAAGCCAAACAGUCAGCACUUAUAGGCGAUAAGAUGAGCACAUAAGAUGAAACUAUGGUAACAACCAUUAGCUUACGUUAUCAACAGAUGAAAGUUAAAACAAAGAUGUUUAGCAAACUGUUAAAGCACACAAACCAUCGUCAUAUCAGAAAUCCGACGCUAUGACUCUCCACAAGUUGUCCUUCAGGUCGUUAUUUUUGUAAUACAGGACUGUCUCAGAAAAUUAGAAUAUUGUGAUAAAGUUCUUUAUUUUCUGUAAUGCAAUUAAAAAAAAACAAAAAUGUCAUACAUUCUGGGUUCAUUACACAUCAACUGAAAUAUUGCAAGCCUUUUAUUAUUUUAAUAUUGCUGAUUAUGGCAUACAGCUUAAGAAAACUCAAAAAUCCUAUCUCAAAAAAAUUUGAAUAUUUCCUCAGACCAAGUAAAAAAAAAGAUUUAUAACAGCAAAAUAAAAUCAAACAUUUGAAAAUGUCAAUUAAUGCACUCAGUACUUCGUUGGGAAUCCUUUUGCACGGAUAACUGCAUCAAUGUGGCAUUGCUGAGGUGUUAUGGAUGCCCAGGAUGCUUCAAUAGCGGCCUUUAGCUCAUUUGCAUUAUUGGGUCUGGUGUCUUUCAGCUUCUUCUUCACAAUACCCCACAAAUUCUCUAUGGGGUUCAGGUCAGGGGAGUUAGCAGGCCAAUUGAGGACAGUAAUGCCAUGGUCAGUACACCAGUUACUGGUGGUUUUGGCACUGUGGGCAGGUGCCAGAUCAUGCUGGAAAAUGAAAUCAUCAUCUCCAGAGAGCUUUUCAACAGAUGGAAGCAUGUAGUGCUCUAAAAUCUCUUGGUACACAGCUGCAUUGACUCUGGACUUGAUGAAACACAGUGGACCAACACCAGCAGCUGACAUGGCAUCCCAAACCAUCACUGACUGUGUGAACUUCACACUGGAUUUCAAGCAACUUGGAUUUUGCUCCUCUCCAGCCUUCCUCCAGACUCUGGCGCCUUGACUUCCAAAUGAAAUACAAAACUUGCUUUCGUCUGAAAAGAGGACUUUGGACCACUCUGCAACUGUCCAGUGCUUCUUUUCCAUAACCCAAGUCAGACGCUUCUUCCGUUGUCUUGAGUUCAGGAGUGGCUUGACCAUGGGAAUACGGCUAUUGUAGCCCAUUUCCCGAACACGUCUGUGAACAGUGGCUUUUGAUACCUGGACUCCAGCUUCAGUCCACUGUCUUUGAAGCUCCCCCAAAUUCUGGAAGCGGCUCUUCUUCACAAUGCUGUUAAGGCUGCGGUCCUCUCUCUUGGUUGUGCAGCGUUUCCUGCCACAUUUCCUCCUUCCAACAGACUUUUUGUGAAUGUGCUUUGAAACUGCACUCUGUGAACAGCCUGCUCUUUUAGAAAUUUCUUUUUGUGUCUUACCCUCCUGAUGGAGGGUGUUAAUGAUGGUCCUCUGGACAGCAGUCAGGUCAGCAGUCUUCCCCAUACUUGUCAUUUAGUUUACUGAACCAAUCUGAGUGUUUUUAAAGGCUCAGGAAACCCUUGCAGGUGUUUCGAGUUAAUUAGACGAUUCAAGUGAUUAGUUAAAUAGCCUGCUAGUAUACUUUUUCAUGAUAUUCUAAUAUUUUGAGAUAGGAUAUUUGCGUUUUCUUAAGCUGUAUGCCAUAAUCAGCAAUAUUAAAACAACAAAAGGCUUGUAAUAUUUCAGUUGAUGUGUAAUAAAUCCAGAAUGUAUGACAUUUUCAUGUUUAUAGUUGCAUUACAGAAAAUAAAGGACUUUAUCACAAUAUUCUAAUUUUCUGAGACAGUCCUGUAUAUGUGUCUUUUAUCAAAAAGCACUCUGUUCUUCAACACGUAAACAAUCAGCCGGUCAGCCAUGUUGGAUAUACCGGUGAAUCUGACGUCGCAACAACACGCAAUCUGAUUAGUCAGUAUGCGAAACUUCUGAAAAAUUGACUGUGAUCCGAAAAAAUAAAUGCUGCAAUAUUGCAGAACAGGAAAACGUCGCUAAUGUGAAUGCUUGUAUUGACAGGAUACGGGUUCGAAAAAAAAUAUUGACGUCCGAAAUAAAUGCACAACAAAAACCGCUCCUGGUGUGAAAGGACCUUGAGUCUGAUUAUUUUGUCAACCUCUGUCUUGUCAAACCCACGCACUCGUCAUCCUCUAAAAUACAUAGCCUAUAUAAAUACAUAAAAAUAAACCUCAUAAAAACAUCAUAAAAAAUGAGGAGCACUUGAUAUACUGUUGGUUACUGCUCUUCACCCCGACGGGAAGAUCUCAGUAAUAUUCCAUAUUUUUAUCAUGAAUCAAACUCGGAGCAGAAAAGCGUUUUCGUUUCCGAAAAUAUUGGCGAAGAUUUGGCUGAUUACCGAUUAGUCUCAAAGGGGCUAAAAUUGGCAGAUUUAAUUGGCUCACCGAUAAAUCGGUUGGGUCCUAGUUAGGACCAUCAGAGGGGUCUGAUUCUAACAGAUCAGUCUGGUUCUCCUGGUCCCCAGUUUCCAGGACUUUGACCUGCAGGGUUCCCACCGGUGCUCCUUAGACUGGAUGUCCAUCAGCAGCUACAGAAGUCUGGAUGGACUCCGGGUCUGUGGUUCCUCUGUGCCUCCACCCUACAUCUCCACCCAGGACCACGUCUGGAUCCACUUCCACACUGACGACAGUCUGACCGGGAAAGGGUUCAGACUCUCCUACAUCACAGGUACCAUCAAGACCUGUAGACCUGUAGACUUGAUACCAACAAGACCUGUAGACCUGAUACGAACAAAACCUGUAGACCUGAGACCAACAGGACCUGUAGUCCAGACUAAAUGUGGGAUUGUUCGUACACACUCAUUACGAAAACACAUCUGUACAUAUGCAGCGUUGAUAAAUGAGGACUCUGAUCAUCCAAAGGUCUAAGGCAGGGCUAUUCAACUUAAUUUAAAAAACCCAAGGGGCUGGGGGCCGGACCGCCACAGUGUCUCCCCUGUGCUAUGAAUAUGUGUACACUUGACACAACACGCAACAACCACAUUUUCACAUUUCAAGUUUUAUUUAACUACCACCUGGAAAAGUAGUACUUUUAAAAAAAAAUAGUGCUUUAAUUUUAUGGCAACAUCUCAAAUGUCAACAUUUUAAAAUAAAAACAAAUAACAAGUGCAUGAUGUGCAUCUGCUCUUUCUAACAUGCAUCAUGUGCAUAUGAACAAUACGAAACAAUAAUAAUUCAAAUAGUGCAGCUUAUGAAAUAGUGCUUCAUAUUUGUGCAACAGCUGCAUAUCACAGCAGCUCAAGGCACACUUAUUGUACUUUCUUUAAUUCUCAAAAAGGGGACAGGCCUAGACUACACACAUGGGCAACUAAUGAGACAGAUUGCACUUCUGUGACUGGGCAAUGCCAGAGAAAGAGGGUUCAAAGGGCGUGAAGGCUACCUGCAAACAUGUCAAUUAUUUUCAGUUGCAGGGGACCCUCAUCAAUUUCAAGUGAUGCAAGGAACUCUUGUCCUUCGCUGGAAAUAGCAGCUACAUUGGCAAAUGGGUUGCUGACAAAAUGCAUUAGUUCUCUGGGCAUGUCAAAGUCAUCAAAUCGUUGUGCAAAGUUUUCCCUCAAUUUAUCAAUGAAAUCUGUCAUUAUUGGGUGACUUUUGGUUUGACUUCACUUGUUGAUGACUUGAUAUAUUUGCAAAGUGUGGGAAAAUGGAACAUUCUGUCAAUGAGAUCAGAUAAGAAACGAACUAGUUUCAAUUGGUAGACAUUUGAAUGUUUUUAUUUUUAAUAAAUUUGCAAAAUGUUCUAAAAAAAGUUUUUCCCUUUGUCAUUAUGGGGUAUUUUGUGUAGAAUUUUUGAGGGAAAAAGGGAAUUUAAUCCAUUUUGAAAUAAGGCUGUAACAUAACAAAAUGUGGAAAAAGUGAAGUGGUAUGAAUACUUUCUGGAUGCACUGUAUAUAUAUAUAUAUAUAUGUGUGUAUGUGGUCGUCCUGGCUUCAUAAAGGUCCAGUUUGAAGUGAUGGCGUUCUCUGAUUGGCUGACUCUGUUGUGGUCAUAGGGAAGCCGGAGGCAUCCAGCUGUGACGUGGAUCAGUUCCACUGCUCUAACGGGAAGUGUAUCCCUGAUUGGUGGCGCUGUAACUCCAUGGAUGAGUGUGGAGAUAACUCUGAUGAGGAGCUCUGCGUGGACUCGCCCUUCUCCUUCCAGCCCUGCAGCCUGAACCAGUUCCCCUGCCUGUCCCGUUACACCCGGAUCUACACCUGCCUGCCCCACAGUCUGCGCUGUGACGGCAGCAUCGACUGUCAGGUAAUUAACCCCUUAAGUUAAUUCCUGUUUGUACUGAGAUCAGGGUGCAGGUUUAAGGUGAUGGAGUUCUCUUUAAUUAUCUUAAACUGACCCUCAUAUUGAAGCUGAACCAUCAGGGCUGCAGUGGUGAGGACCUCCAGCCUGUCAGGGGAAAUAAUAAAACAAGAACACAAUUAACUGAUUUAAACCGACAAGGAUAUAGGGAUCAGUAUAUGGGAGCAUGCCAGUAAAAUAUCUAGGGAUGGGAAUUGAUAAAAUUUUAUCAAUAUUGAUGCCAUUAUCAAUUCAACGAUUCCCUUAUUAAUGCCUUUCUUCGAUUAAAAAAAGUAGACAAUAGGUUUUCACCAUUAACUCAAAAUUUGGAGUCUCUGAUAAUAGAAACAGAUGUAUGCCACCUUCAGUGAGAGUCUAAAAUAAUAAGGGCUGGGUAUUGAUUCAGAUUUUUUCAAAUCAAUCGAUUCAAUUUUACACGGUCCAAUUCAAUUUGAUUCACGAUUCGAUUUGAUAUUGAUUCAGUCAGGGAUAUCUCAGUUAAAAUGGCCAAAUGCAUUGAAUUUAACUAGUAACCUUUUGACCUGGUAGAUAAUUAAAAAUUGUUUACAUUAAAAAUUGCACCCAAACUAGUAGCAUUCAUCAGGUGCAUUUAUUUAAACCAAGUGACUGACAGAAAAUAUAUGAAUAAAUGAAUUAAAUUAAAAUAAGUUACAUGACAAUGUAAAUAAAGUAGCUACAAAGAUGACACAAAUAAACAGGACACUCACUUAGCUGCAACUGUCUUACAGCUUUUGUACAAUAACAAAGUGCUUGCGACACAACUGUAUCAAAACAGAACCAUCUGUUGACUCAAAUAAAUGGUAAAUUAAAAUAGUGCAAAUAAGUCAGUUUUUUUUAACAUGGUCAGUAUAUUUUAAACAUACUAUGUAAACUGAAACAUGCCCUCAAAAAAGUGGUGACAUUACAUCUUGUUUUUCUGGCAUUCUGAACUUCAUGUUUAGUUUUGUUUUGUUUUUCCAUGAAAACAAAAAAGAAAAGUGCUGAAGUCUAACAGCUCUGAAUUACUUCUGAAGUGUUUUCCUGAAACAUUAAUGCAAAAGAUCUUGUUAACUGCUGACCAAUAAUCACACUGUGUGACCUUUCAUCCCUUUUAUUACUUGUCAAAGAGAGUGAGAUUUUUCUGCAUGAAAAGGAGCUGAUCAACAUGUUGAGGAGUAAGGCAGCUCCUUUUUUUUACAGAAACCACCUCUGCUUUAACCUAAGAUGCAGACAGCAAGGACUUGUUCCCAAAAGCCUACGCUUGUUUUCUCACGGUCAAAGGGCACAGGGCAGACAGCAUUCUUUCCAGGACACAGAAGCAGCUCCUCAAUGAAAGGAUUAGGCAGGUUAACUUCACCAUCAAGGCCCUACAAGCUAAAAUAAAUCACACCAAGGAGACACUGGCAUCCCGACUACCAGAGGACAUCCUCAACAAAGUCCACAACUUUGUUGACAAGGCUCAGACCUCUCAACAUAACAAAGGCAAGAUAAGGCAAACACAGAAAUUUGACAGACUGCUCGCCAAGCACUCAAGAAGUCCAUCAGAACUUGCUUGGAGGGACAAAACUGCCACACAGACACUAACAUGCAAGAAAAGUGGGUGAAGAAUUUGUCAGACAGGGUUCUCAAUCAGCCGGAAAAGGAAGUCCUUUACAAAGGAUUAAAUUUUGCAGUUACCCCGGAACAGAUCCCGGUGGUGGACCUUAUCACAGCCACGGCGUCAGCUAUCCGCAACAACAAUCUGACGGUCAUGGAGGCAGAGCAACUUAGGUUGAAGGUAACAGCUGCUCUCUGGAAUGCCAAAACACCUCCUUCCAACCGGACCAUGCAGGAAAGAGGAGCCUUGGCAUCACUGCAAAAAGAUGAAAACAUCACCAUCCUGCCUGCAGAUAAGGGGAGAUGCACUGUUGUACUCAACACCAUGGAUUACCAUGACAAGGUAACAAGCCUUCUCAGUGACACUGCCACCUAUGAAACUCUUAAACGGGAUCCCACCAACAGCUACAAAAAGAAAGUUAUCUUCAACAGCUGGAAAAGGAUGGAGUUAUCGACCGCCCACUCUAUUACCGGCUAUACCCAGGGGAAGCUGUCCCAUGCAUUUACAGAUUACCUAAAAUACACAAGGAAGGGGCCCCCCUUAGACCCAUCAGCAAGCAGCAUUAACUCAGUCACAUACAAAGUGGCAAAACAUUUGGCCACCAUCCUAGCUCCUCUUGUCGGCCACACCACUCACCACGUCAAAAACUCACAGGACUUUGCUGAGAAAAUCAAGGACAUCAGGCUGGACUCAGAUGAAACCAUGGUUUCCUAUGAUGUCACAUCACUUUUCACGAGUAUUCCGACAACAGAGGCAGUCCAAGCAGUAAGACAACGCCUCUUACAGGACAGCACACUGGAAGUCAGAACCAACUUAACUCUCGACCACAUCUGCUCCUUAUUGGACAUCUGCCUCAGCACCACAUAUUUCCAGUUCAGAGAGCGCCAUUACAGACAGAAACAUGGAUGCGCGAUGGGCUCCCCAGUUUCUCCAAUAGUGGCAAACCUGUACAUGGAAGAGGUAGAGAGGAAGCCCUAACCUCCUUCGAAGGAGCAGCACCUAGCCGCUGGUUCAGAUGUGUGGAUGACACCUGGGUUAAGAUCAAAACACAUGAAGUAGAGGCCUUCACUGACCAUAUCAACACAGUGGACAGCAACAUCAAGUUCACCCGUGAAGAUGUCAAGGACAAAGUGUUGGCCUUUUUGGACUGUGCUGUACACUUGGAGGCAGAUGGGUGUCUCAACGUUGAAGUGUACAGGAAACCCACACACACGGAUCAGAGAACAUUCCCACGAAGAAAGAAGGUAAGGAAAAGGAACAGAAGCACAUCAAAAAUGCCCUGGCAACCUGUGGAUACGCUAAGUGGGCCUUCAUGAAGAACAGAAAGAGAAAUAACACUGAACACGAAAGGGAGGAGAGACGCAGGAGCGCUGUAAUCCCUUACGUUGCAGGCCUGUAAGAAAAACUCAAGAGGAUCUUUGUCAAACACCACAUUCCUGUUCAUUUCAAGCCUGGUAACACACUGAGGCAGAAGCUAGUCCAUCCCAAGGACAAAACACCGAGACAUAAACAGAGUAAUAUGGUGUAUGCCGUCCAGUGCAGCGAGGAAUGCUCGAACCUGUACAUUGGGAGAUGUGUUUCUACGACCCAUUCUUUCCAACUCCUCCCAGUCGUUGUCUGUCCCCUUCUCCAGCAAGAUAAAUAUCUGCUCCUCACACUAGCAAUAUUUAGAACUGAAGAAAGAAAGGCAAAGCCUUGAAAUGAGGGUCUAACGCUAAAGCAACAUAGAACCUGUCCUUCAGGGCUACAUACCUUGAAAAGAUAUCACACAUUUUAAUCAUGUUAUUUCAUAGGAUAUUAAUGUGCAUGCAUGCACACACUUCACAUUUUUUAAGCAUACCUGGAAUUCAGGUUGUUGUAUGCAGCUGUCUUGAUCUCUUUGAUGAGUGUUAAAUCUUCGGGGGACACAACACAUCUCCUCAAACAGUUGUGCAGGCAAGGGAACAAUGAUGGACAGGGUCAGGGAUGUCCCCUCAGACAUGGCAAGAGUGGCUGCUUUCAGUGGCUGAAGACCUUUAAACCAGAUCUUCUGCCACUGUCAUGUCCACUUCUGUCAACGUGCAGAGAUCUUUCUCGUUUCUGCGCACUUCAGGUGACAGUAGAGCUGCUGAGAUUGCUGGUUGCUGCUCGAGGAACCGUUCUAGCAUCUCCAGUGAGCUGUUCCAUCAAGUCACCACAUCAAUCACCAUCUUGUGUACAGGAAGCUCCAGUACCUUUUGCUUCUCACUGAGGAUGCGGCUUGCUGUAGUGCUACGAUGAAAAAUUGCGGCGAUGCGUCUGAUUCUGCCGAGCAAGCGCGCAGCUGGAGGGACUUUCAGCGCAGUUUGCGAAGCUAAAUUAAGAAGGUGCGCAAAGCAACGAAUGUGCUGCAAGCCCACAAUCUCCGCAGCACGGACGAAAUUUGCAGCAUUGUCAGUUACAAUGGCUGGCACUUUGUUUGUAAGCUUCCACUCGCCUAUCGCAUUGAGUAACAGGUCGCUGAGAUUCGUCGCUGUGUGGCUGGUUUCCACAGCACUUGUUUGGAGAACAUGGCAUGCGAGGACCCAGUCGUCGUUAAUGUAGUGAGCAGUAAUUGUUCAGAUAUGAAUCUGUUGCUCUCGAUGUCCAACAGUCUUAAGUCAAUGCCACACUCUCCGCUGCCUGAAGCAAAGUUUCGAUGCUUUGCUUCAAACAUGCAUACAUGUUUGGAAUUGUCACUUCACUUAGUGGUUUACGAGUCGGUAAAACAUAGCGUGGCUCCAGCGUUCUCAUGAGACUUCGGAAACCAUCGUUUUCAACGACACGACACGAAUGUCUUUGCAUAUAAAAACUGCAAUAGCCUCCGUUAUCUUCCGUGCACGUUGAGAGUUUGCCGGUAACUUGGGGGCCAAUACCUGCUCCAGGCUAGUUUGUUUGAGCCGUGCCGAGUCCAACUGUGUUACUGUUUCUGGGUGAUGUCUUGUCAGAUGGUUGCGGAGAGUAGUCGUAUUCCCACGGUAUUUCACCGCUCCGUUGCAUACUUUGCAUAUUGCUUAUUUUUUGUCAUCCGCGUUGUUCUCUCCAUCCUUUUUAAAACAAAAAUACACCCAAACAUCAGCCUUAAACCUCGCCGGGGUUGCCGCUAAUGCUGUACUCCCUUCCGCUACGCUUCCUUCUCUUGCUCACGGCUGUUAAUAACAUCUCGCGAGAUAGUGUUCGGUGGAAAGCCGCACUAAACGCUGAUUGUGCAAUACUGCCAGAGUUGAAACAGGCUGUUCUCUGCAAGUUAAAAGAUCGAUCUAUGGAUUUAUGAAUUGAUAUCAGACAAUAAAAAGGUGAAACUAUUCAAAUCGAUUAAAUCAAUUUUUUUAACCCAUCCUUAAAAAUAAUCAAACAAAAAUGCUUUUUAUACUGCAUUUCUGACAUGCAUUGUGUUUACGUUAAUACAGGACAUAUGUUAGGGGGUCUGCAGGACAAUGGUCGGUGGGGCCAGCCUUUAACCGUUUUCUUAGAGUGAUAGAUUUUUUACUAGCUGCCAGUAUGAUACUCAGAUGUUUCCUGUCAUUGAAAUUCCAACUCUCAUAUUGUAUAUCACAUAAGAACAUUGAUUCAAAAUUAAAUACGAAGCUUGUACCGAACAAAUUCUUAAUAUGUUCAUUCUUCCCAGUGUUUUUUAAUCAUCUGGCAGUCCCAGAAAAUAUGAAAAUGAUUGGCUCCCUUGGUCCCACAAAGCCUCCAGCAAACAUCACCACUUCCCUGAUAUCUUUUCUGAACUGGUGUUAAAAAGAAAUAUGCAAUGUUCUUCCAACAUAACUCUCGCCAGAUGUUUGACCCUGUUGAAUUCCACUGAUACUUGCAUAUUUUUUCCCAACUCUCCACUUAGAUGGAUUCAUUUCCUUCUGUUUCCCAUUUUACCUUUAUGUAAUCAGAGGUCUCUUGCUUGGAUUGUUGAAUACCUCUAUAUAGUUUAGAUAUGAUCUUAUUACAUUUUUGGGACCUAAGUAGUGAUAGAAAUUCCUGCAGGAAUCCCAACCCGCCCCCAUCCAAGACCCCCCCAAAAUUUUGGCAAAAGUAGCUUCUCACCUGCAGGUAUCUGUAGAAGUCAUCUUUUUCCAAACCGUAUUUGUUCUGUAAUUCAUCAAAUGUCGGAAAUGCCCUCUUGUGGAUAAGCGAGUGAUAACUGGUCAAGCCCUUAGUAAUCCAUUUCUUGAAUCUGUUAUCGUUUUUAUUUGGUGCAAAGUCCCUAUCGUUGGCCUGUAUUGUUUCUAUCAUUGCAUGUGAUCUGUAUGUAUGUGUGAGGGAGCUGGAAAACCCUCCCCUCACUGAGGUGAUAAAAGUCUAUUGACUAUUCAUGGACAUGGUUUUUGUUUACUUUAUUUUGUUAAACCCUUCUAACAUCUCCUCUCUUCGAGGUCAACGUCUUGUGGGGGUGUGUCCGUAUGGAGUGCACACAUGGGGAUGCAGCAAACAGGUCCCAGCAGUGGCAAAUCAGCUUGUUAGGCUGGGUUCGUGAUCAGAGACGGGAGGGGAGGAGGAGGAGGGGGAGAGUUAUUCAGUAUGAUUUAGCUUUCGUUUGGUCUAUUUUGGGUUAUUUAGUUAUUUUGGGUUAAUUUGUAUUCAUUUAUGAUCUUUCAGUUAAGUAUUAAGGCAAUUUUAUAUAGGGAUUAAUUGGUUAGAGGUCAGAUGUGUGUAUAUUUAUCACUAAAGGGGGAGAUUGAGGCAGUCAUGCAGGUGAGAGAAAGAGGGAGGGGGGAGCAGGUGAGAGAGAGCCUCUGCUCAGCUUAAAAGCAGCAUCACCUGUGUGAGUGGGUGAUUGUGUGUGUGGCUUCCUGCAGCCUGCUGCUCAGAGGAGGAUCAUGUUGAAGACUACUGUUAAUAUUGGACUUAUUGAAAAUCUCAGAGCUCUGAAACCUGCUGUCUGACACCAUCCUUCUUUCCUCAUGCUGGAGAUCUUCACUACCGCUGGGUUUCAUUCAGUUUAGAGGUUUUAUCACCAUCAAAACCUUACAGUAUGUGUGUAAGGUUUUAAUAUUCUGAUACCUGUUUCUGCAGGACUGUGCUGUGAUUAGAAUUAGUUUUUGUUUUGGGGAUUGGGUGUUAAAGAAAAAAAAAAGUAUUUACUGUUUGAUAAAAACGUGUCGCUUAAUUUUCAAUAAAAAAUAUUUCAACAGUUCAGCCCAGAAAGAGUCAGCUAGGUGUUCCCCACAGACCUUCUCUCUCAUGUGUAGUCACUUCCUGAUCUGUUGACCUCCUCCUGUCCAGGACCUCGGUGAUGAGAUCGACUGUGACGUUCCCACCUGUGGAGAACUCCUGAGGAACUUCUACGGUUCUUUCAGCUCUCCAAACUACCCGGACUUUUACCCACCAGGUAGUAACUGCACCUGGCUGAUCGACACUGGAGACCACAGGAAGGUACAAAGAGUCCACCUGGUCUAAGAAAGACUUGGUUCUGAACUGUCUGUGCUGAGCUCUCCCUAUGCCCCCCCCCCUUGCAGGUCAUCCUGAGGUUCACCGACUUCAAGCUCGAUGGGACCGGUUAUGGAGACUACGUGAAGGUCUACGACGGACUGGAGGAGAACCCUCGUCGACUUCUCAGGGUGCUGACCGCCUUUGACUCCAGGGCGCCAGUCAACGUGGUUUCAUCAUCGGGUCAACUCCGGGUUCACUUCUAUGCCGACAAAAUUAACGCUGCCAGAGGUUUCAACGUGACCUACCAGGUGAGGAGUCUCCUGAUCAGUCUGUGUGUAGAUGUUCCUCAGAUAGAUUUGUUCUGUUUCAUCUAUGUCUGUGUUUUUUUCUUAGUUCUGUGUAACCUUUGUCUGGCUCUGUUCUGCAGGUGGACGGGUUCUGUCUGCCAUGGGAGGUUCCUUGUGGGGGGAACUGGGGCUGUUACACUGAACAGCAGCGCUGUGAUGGUUACUGGCACUGUCCAAACGGACGGGAUGAGCAGAACUGUUCCUCAUGUCAGGAGGACGAGUUCCCCUGUUCCAGAAACGGAGCCUGUUAUCCUCAAUCGGACCGCUGCAACUACCAGAACCGUUGCCCCAACGGUUCUGAUGAAAAGAACUGCUUCUUCUGCCAACCUGGAAACUUCCACUGCAAGGUACCAACAAACAUACAGACAUACUCAGCUAGUAUGUAUGUGUGUGUGUGUGUGUGUGUGUGUGUGUGUGUGUUUAUAUGUAUAUAUACAGUAUAUGUGUGUGUGUUUAUAUGUAUAUAUAUAUGGUGUGUGUGUAUAUAUAUAUAUACUGUGUGUAUGUCCCUCAAGGGGUCUCCCUGGCUGGACUCUUUUGUGUUAGGCAUGUUUGGUUUUGGUAAAGAGGUGCAGGUGAUUGGUUAAAGUGUUUGAGUUGAGUUAAAAUUGAGAGGAAGAAGCAAAAUAUCGAAUUUAGUGAGUUAAUCGACUUAAUUUAUCAGUGAAAGAGGAAUAAAGAGGAAGAGCCUAUCUGGGUAGAUAUCUGAUGGAGAGAAAAAUGAAAGAAAGUUAAAUUAAUUUCAAUGAAAAUUGAACUAAAACGAGGUGAAAUAACGUUAAAUUAAAUUUAACAUCAGAAAUGGAACCACUGGAUAAAGGGAUCAAUUUGUCUCUAUGUUGCAGAGAUCAGCAAAGCUCAAAUAAACUGCCUGAUGCAGUUGGGGGAAUCUGGAAAAAUCCAUGAAAUUGUCAAUUUAAGGAAUUAACUUUAAAUUUAAUUCACAAAUUGCAACAAAGCUAAAGGUUCAACUACACAAUUUAUCUGGAAUGAUAAAAUAAAUUUGAAAUAUUAAUUAAUUUGUUAAUUAAUUAAUCUCACGAAGAGGGUUAAUACAUUCAUGUAUUAUAGGCAACAGUCAAACUGCUUGAUGGUGUGAGAAGUAACAACAACAACAACAACAAGAUCAGGUGACUGAUUCAAGGAGUUACUUUAUCAAUACAUUAUAGAAGCUCUUAUAUCAAAGAUGAAAAUCAAAAAUCAAUGAUCAGUGAUUUAGAAUAAGAACAUCAAACACUAUCAACCAAGUCAACACCUGGAGUUAUGUCUGUAGAGUGUCAUACACUGACUACAGAGAGGCAGUACAGUUGGCUGAUACUGCAAGGCAGAUAAUAACAGUGUUUGCUCAAUACCAAAAGCAACCAUGUGGGGCAGUAUGGAGUUGGGAUAACUGCACAAGCUCAACACAAGUGGAGAAGAAGAAGAAAAGAGAAAACAGUCAUCCAACCGGCCACUUGUGGUUGUGUGGAGGUACAGAAGGUAUGAAGGAAGGGGCCAUUUGGUUCUGCCUCCUUGAAGGGCCUUAUCUGCUUAAAGCCAAAUGGGUCAGUCUCUCCCAUAAACUGUAUAAAGAAUGGACAGAGUCUGCCUCCUCGCUGGGUGAAGCCACUCCGAGAACAGCACCCUCUGUUGAUGGGCUGCAGUAUAGGUCAUAAAUCCCGCCUCCGCCAGCAAAGCUUAUGGGGCUGUGGACAAACUUUAGAAAUUUAUUACACAGAAUAUAAAUGUUUCUCCCCCCUGCUUGUGAUGUUGACAUGUAGUUAUUGUAAGACUAGUUUGUGCUCAAGUCCUCUUUUUUUCUGUACAGCUCCGUUUUUAAAAGUUAUUAGGGGGUUCAUGUUUUCUAUGAUUGACACCUGAUACAGCCUAUUGGCGUUCAGGAAUUGCGUAGCUCACCCGAGAGAUACGCUGUUUGACCCGAGCGUCAUCACAGCAACUCCAGGCGACUGCGCGGCCAACUGCACGCAUCGCUACUGCGCAGAGCUGGUUUCAGGAAAUGAAGAAAAAUCUCGGAAAUACAGAGAGCUUUAUGGUUUCAAAUCCGUUUACAGGCGGGAGGCGGAACCAAGUUGUCCACAGUAUAUACAGUCUAUGGUCUCUCCACUGACAACAAAAGGUCAACGGUUCAUAGCAGGCUGCGUCUGCACCUCCAAACAUAAACAGAACUUUACACCGCCUGCUCAAGGUGGAUUGGUUCAAUAAAAGCACUCACAGAAACAAGAAUCAAAGGUACAAAUCCCUCAACAGCAGAUGCAACUACAGACUUUAAAAUCACAAAAAUGGUGAUUUGUGAACCAGAUUUGGUCUGAAUUUAUUCAAACAAAAACCUCCCACUGUUACAGUGGUUUCCUGUGACAGGUAGCCAAUCUGUCAGGGGAAAGGAGGAAAUCUGAAUCCCAUAUAGUUACUAGAACCUCAUAGCAGACUACAGAGACUUCAGGGGCUUGAAACCACAGCUCGGAGCGUUGCGAACACCGGGCUCAGCCAAAGGCCUUAAAUACAAGCGUAUGGUGACGCAGCAAUUGUGCACUUAAUUAUUGGACAGUCUAGACAAAGCAGAAGGAGCAGUUUCACUGCUGCCAAGAACAACGAUUCAAGCUGUCCAGCUCACAUACAGACUACAGGCAUGUAGUACAAAAAGUGUGUGAAACACAGAGCAUAAAGGUGUUAUGCAUAAAUCAGAAAACACAUCAGAACUUAGUCCAGCAACUUCAGCGAGCAUAGCAUUGAUUGAGAUUAAGUCUAAAAUAGGACUUGGCGAUUAUAUGGUCGUGAUCAAUGAUCAUGAUAAAUUUCAGUUCGAUCACGGUAAUCAGCUGUGAGCAUAUUUACUCGAUCAAACAUGGCGGAAAUGUGCGUCACAACAGGCACGUAUUUCAGACGUAUCUCCCGCCCACCCCCCGUAUUGUCAUUUCUCCCGGGAAUUUCUCGUAGCAUGGUCCGCAUUCAUUCAUGAGAAGUUCACUAUAUUUGUUCAAAGUUUCCAGACAACCGGAGAUAGUCCUGUUUUUCUGCUGGACAAGAGGCCUCACAGACAGUGGAUUGAUACUUUCACUUUACAGUUUGGGAUGAUUCAGGUCGGUUUAAGCUGUAAACUAUACUUAAGCAGUGUUUGUUGGGAAAUGAACACUUCAAUGAAAGGGAAACAAAUGCGAGAUAUGCGGGAGUGAUGCGGCGAGAGUGAUGCGAUCAGGGCAUCCCUGGAUAAAAGACUGCUGUAUUUCAUGCACAGAUGUUCAGAGAGCCUCACACGGGAGAGCAUGUAAAACAUAUGAGGACUUUAACAUUCAUAUUUUUCUAAGUGUAUCUUAUUCAAUUUGCUUUAUUUACUUUGUAUGUUAAUGAAAUGUUGAACUAAUCUCUAGUUUCUUUAGUUUUUAGUUCAGAUGCUUUAAAACUGGCAGUUAAAAAAAAAUCGUGAUAAUAAUCGAGAUCGGACGAUAUGACAAAAUAUAUCGUGAUCAUUUUUUUUGCCAAAUCGCCCAGGCCUAGUCUUGAAUAGCCUGGAGAUAAGUUUCUCUCAUCGAGUUGGAAGGAUAAAUCUAAAGUUGUCUGUUAGUAUCCAGAAGUUUUGUUUGAAAUGCCUCACGUAGGGGCACCAAAAAUAAUACUGUAGCAAUUUGAAUUUAUAAUAAAUGUCUGAAGAUCAAUAAUCUCAAAUCACGACAUUUAUGCACUCAUUGAAAGGGGCACCACCCACCCUUAAUGGUGGGAAAAUAAAGAAAAACAAAAGUCUAAUUCAGAAAUCAAACAUUAAGUCAAUCUUGAAUUAAUCAAUUUCAUAUCUUAAGCCAAAAUUCUCAUUUCAGGGACUCCACCUCUGGAAGAACACUAACAGACAAGAACUUAGAAAAGUAAUGAUCUGUUUAUUACAGGAUAAAUGAUGGUACAACAUACAUACAAUAAAUGAUGGUAAGAUAAUGAGGAUAAAAUAAUAAUAGGUGAAUAAAUAAAGAUUCUGAGUCAGGCUAGGAGCACUAAAGUUAAUGAUAGUGAGUGAAUAUGCUCCUACAUAUUGACCUACACUAACUUUGGUGUCGAGAUAAACUCGGAUGUGGAUUUGGAUGAACCUAGGAUUACCAGAAUAAGUGAAUAUCUGAGUUAUGACCGCAUGAGACAGCAUCAGCCCUGUUUGGAGCUCUGGAGGUUUGCAUACUUAAGUGAGACUGGUCUUUGGAGAAGAUGGAGCAAAUAUCAAAGGUCCGGGGCUAGAAAACAAAGAGAAAACAAAGAAGAGGGCUAAGAGAAGACCCAGGAAACAUGCGGGAGGAAAAAGAGAGCCAGUACCCCUAACUUUACUGUUUUUUAUCUCCUUCACACUGGGAGUGUCUCUGGCGUGUGUGUGUGUGAGGAGACAGAGGAGGGGUCGUGGGAUCUCCGGCUGCAGAGGAGACCUCUUGGAUCUCUGAUUAUUUGAUCUAACUUAUAGCUUUGGCUGGUAAAAGAGUCAGAUCUGAUACUCACUCACUAUGAUUAAUAUCAUUGAAUGCUUGGUUUCAUGAUAAAUAAUUUGAUACUAAACACAUAUGAAUGAAGUGUAGGAUCACAUCAAACAUUCUCAUUAUGUUUUAAGUAUCACAUUGAACAUGCUAAAUUACUCUGAAAUGAAACAGAUAGUAACACAUAGAAACUGUGAACAACAAAAGAGUAAACACAUGUGAAUGAACUUCAUCAUGAUUAAUAAUGGAUUCUAAAUACUCACAUUCAGAUUAUUCAAUGACAUUACAACCACCUAAUGGUUAAAAAUACUAAAUAAAUGAUUAAAAUAUAGACGAAACAUUUCUAAACCAUUUCUGUUACUUAAGAGUAAAGUUAUGAUUCAUAGUCAAUAAAUUUAACUCUUAAAAGUUAAUGAAACAGUCUGAAAAGCUGUUGGUCUAAAGAAACAAAAGAAUAAAGGAUUUAUUCUGUCAGAGUGAUAACUCUGCUUCUGGAGCACAUAGAAAAAUGGGAAACAUCUCAUUUUAACACAAAUUUCAUGAUUAGACAGAUUAGUACAUUGCUGAAUGCAUAAGAUGUCAUGAUCAGUCAUUUGUGGUCUUUCACCAAAGGAAUGCAGUUUUUAUCAGUACAUGGUUGAGCAGGGGUUUACGACCGAGGUCUGGAGGUCAGUGUCCUGCUCCUCAGACCUUUCCUUGGGGUCCGUUAAGACGGUAAAUCUCAAGUGGGAGACCUGGAUUGAGGCAUGAAUGAUUAUUUAGAUGGUCAGCGAUGGAGUCAGUUUGAAAGGUAAUAAAAACUUUGUCUCUGCUCUCCAAAUUGACCAAUCAUGAAGAGCCAGAGGUUUUGGUCAACCUCUGGUCGGGUCAGUUAGGUAACCUGACAGUGCAAACAAGUCUGGAAAGAUUUAUAUCAUCCUGUGUCCUGGGACCAGAUAAGGAACCUUUCCUGCGAGGAAUGUGUGGGUUUCACCCACAGGGUUGUCUUGUUUUGCAUAUCCAUGGACUGAGAGGCUUCCGUGCAAGAAGGAAGCCCUUACUCCAAAAGCAGCACCGAAAGGCUCGACUGAAGUUUGCUUCUGAUCACAUGGACAAAGAUAAGAUCUUCUGGAGGAAAGUUCUGUGGUCAGCCGAACAAAAAUCGAACUGUUUGGCCACAAUGCUCAGCAAUAUGUUUGGAGGAGAAAAGGUGAGGCCUUUAACCUCAAGAACACCAUGCCUACCGUCAAGCACGGUGGUGGUAGUAUUAUGCUGGGGGGCUGUUUUGCUGCGAAUGGAACUGGUGCUUUACAGAGAGUAAAUGGGAUAAUGAAGAAGGAGGAUUACCUUCAAAUUCUUCUAGAUAACCUAAAAUCAUCAACCCUGAAGGUUGGGUCUUGGGCGCAGUUGGGUGUUCCAACAGGACAAUGACCCCAAACACACAUCAAAAGUGAUAAUGGAAUGGCUAACCCUAACCAGAAGCUUGUGAAAGGCUACCAAAAGCACCUACUUGAAGUGAAAAUGGCCAAGGGACAUGUAACCAAAUAUAAGCACUGCUGUAUGUAUAUUUUUGACCCAGCAGAUUUUGUCAAUUUUUCAGUUAACCUAUAAUAAAGUCAUAAAAGAACUAAACUUCAUGAAUGUAUCUGUUCCAAUCACUAUCAAAGAAAAAAUCAGAGUUGUAGAAAUAACGGGAAACUCAAGGGAACCAUGACAUUAUGUUCUUUACAAGUAUAUGUAAACUUUUGACCACAACUGUAUAUAAAUAUAUAUGUGUAUAUAUAUAAACGUAUGUGUGUGUAUAUAUAUAUAUAUAUAUAUAUAUAUAUAUAUACAUAUAUAUAUAUAUAUAUAUAUAUAUAUUCUGUUACAGACACUUGUCUUACUUUGUUAAAGCGGUUUACCUGUCCAGCAGAAAGGUUACAGGGUCACCAAGAUCCCCAAGCGUCCCCCAUCGUUUAUGUUGACCCGGCUUUUUAGCUCUUGUCCGGUCUACCUCCGUUUUAAGCGCCCGUUAUUCCUCCAGAGUCUCCGGUAUUUACUUUGUUUUCUUGCUUGUGUCGGCAGUCGUGGCCAAAGGAGGAUUCAGACAAUUUUCCGAACUUUCUGGUUGGUUUCUACUGUCCGAUAUUGUAGCACGCUAACUUUGUUUGGGCUCCUGAACGACACGGGGGAGCAGCGUCUGCCUCACAACCAAUCAGGUUAGAGGAGGUGGAGAACGGCUUCAUUUACAGCCAGAAAGAGCGGACCGCUCAAAAAUGUUCAAAUGUUGACAACACAGACAUAAGAGAACACAGAGAUAUCGUUAUAUUCCCAAAUGUCAUCAAUAACUAAUAACCAUUGACUGAUAUUAAAAGAUUUUCUGCUUAUUUAACAGAAUCAAGUUUUCUCCUCUUAUUAGUAUUCAGUGGUGCUGCUCUGACCUCUGACCUCUGACCUCCUGCAGAAUAACCGUUGUGUGUUCGAGUCCUGGGUGUGUGAUGCUCAGGAUGAUUGUGGCGAUGGCAGCGAUGAGGAAAGUUGUCCCGUCAUCGUUCCCACCAGAGUCAUCACCGCCGCCGUCAUCGGGAGUCUCAUCUGCGGCCUCCUAUUGGUCAUCGCCCUCGGCUGCACCUGCAAACUUUACUCUCUGCGCAUGUUUGAACGCAGGUGAGCACACCUGAGCAUGCCCGCUUCCUGAACCGAGUGAUUGGUUAUCAAGCUGCACAGUUUUAAACCCUGUGAUUGGUUGCUGCAGGUCAUUUGAGACACAGCUGUCCCGAGUGGAGGCAGAGUUACUGAGAAGAGAAGCUCCUCCCUCUUAUGGUCAGCUGAUUGCUCAGGGACUGAUCCCACCUGUGGAGGAUUUCCCAGUGUGCUCUGGGAGUCAGGUAAGUACAGGAAGUGUACCUGAUCGAACAGGUGAGCUUAAAAGGGUUAAAGGUCGUGUUGGUAAUCUGAUUAUCUGAUCACUUAAAAUGAUCGAUCAAUACAUGUUCUUAAAAAAGAGACAAACAUGGUAAAGAGUAAAAACACCGACCAAUCCCGUGCAACCCCCAAACAAAACGUAUGCAUGUACACACAAAGAGAUGGACAUCAUGGACAAGUGAAUUAACAGCAAAGCUUGAAGAGUUUGUGGGUGGGGAUGUGAUAUUGGUUGUGGCCCUCCAUUUUGUUGCAUUUAAACAGAAAAUGACUUCACAAUGGGUUAUCAUGAGCUUCUAGAUCAUCUAGAGUCUAGACAAGUGGUGGGCAGCUUUGAUGAUGGAGAGGGACACUGUAUUUCCACACUCAUUCCAGGGGGCCACAUAACAUAUACUGUCGGUCCAUUUGGUUGCGCCCGCUUAUAUUGCUUAUGGCAAUAUAAGCUCUAAGUUAUACUGCUGGGGAGGGGUGAGAUAAUGUCCCAAGGAGAUGCUACAUUUAAAUUCAUGCUAGUUUGCCAUGAUUACCAACCCGACCUUUAAAUUUGAUUAAAGUGAAAAUGUUCUUUAUCUACAUGGAAGAACAGGUGAGAUAGACUACGUUCAUACUGCAGGUUAUGACGCACAAUUUGGAUUUUUUGUUAAAUCCGAUCUUUUUGUGCGGUCGUUCACAUGACAACAACGAGCGUGGCAUCUAAUGUGAACAGAAUGCGUCCGUGAAGUGACCCACAUGCACACAAAGCAGGAUGUGACGCCUCGAACAGCGCCCGGUUACGGUUUGAGCCCUCUAUUUUGGCUUGAACUGACCGGUCUCCCCAUAUAUUUAUCUACUCUAAUGUUUCGUCUUUUCACCACUGCCUGUUCUCCGUUCCCUCGUCUGCCGUUGCUUUCUGCACCUGUUUGUGUCGUCGAACAACGGUGACGUUUGUCGCAUAUUGAUGCCAUAUAUGUCGGAUGAACGCGACCUGAGUGUCCACACUGCAGUCACAUCAGAUACAUAUCCGAUUUAUAACCACAUACAGAAGAGGCUUGGGUUGGGUUUGAAAAAAUCCGAAUUGCACUGUUCACACUUACAUGAAAAAUCUAAUAUGUGUCACAUAUGGUUAAAAACUCUGAACUGACCUGCAGCGUGAACAUAGCCUUAGACUCAGCUCACCUGGAUGAACUGUUUGUUUACACCCGACCUGCCAAUAUCCUGGUUUUAAACUCCGGUCAGUUUUGGGGUUCCCUUGUCUGGUGGAUAUGAGCUCAUUAUGAGAGUAUUUGUAAUUAAAUUACUCGUCUAAAUCAGUCUCAGUGAAGCUGCACACUUUGUUUUAACAAUAACUAAUGGUAAUAAAAUAAUAAUAAUAGCUACGAUAUGAACUAAGCUGGGGUGAUUCGUCGACGUAAUCAACGUAAUCGACUACAGAAAUUUGUUGACAUGUCACAUGAUGACGUAGACAAUGGCUACUUCAGGUAACGGUGAAAGCAUAGACGGCAAACGAGCUCCACCUAUUGGGGUCGAUUUCAAACCUACUUUAACAUGAUCUAUGAGCAGCUCUUCUGUUCUUCCUGGCACUGCUUUCAUUCAUGGAGACAUGCAGUGACCCGUCAAUCAAAUAACCCACCACAGUGGACGGCCGCUGCAUCAUACGACCUGCAUCCCAUAUCUUAUUCAUUCACUCUAAGCAGUUAGUUCGGAGUUGAAGCAUCAGUUUUGUGCUUUUAUUUGUCUGAUAACUCGCUAAUUAAUCAGCUGUGUGAUCGCCGACGAUAGCUCGCUAAUGCUUAUACUCGGUGCACGUGACCUCCGCUGCACAUAUGUAUACUGAGACCAUACCUGCCAACACUCGGGUUUGUUCCCCGUAUUUCAGACCUCUCUCCCGCCCUCCUCCCGUAUUGUCAUUUCUCCCAAAGGGAAUCUCCCGUAGUCUGAUGGUCCACGUUCAUUCAUGAAUCGGACAUUUGUCCAAAGACAACCGAAGAUUGUCCUGUGUUUCUGCGGAGUCUCACAGACACUGGACUGAUACUUUGACUUAUUUAAACUAUAUUUAACAAAAUGAACACUUUAAUAAAAGGGAAACAAACCUGAGAUCGUCUGUCACCGUCUCUGAGUGAUGCGUUCAGGGUAGCCUCGGAUAAAAGAGUGCUGUAUUUCACACACAGAUGUUCAGAGAGACUCACACAGGAGAGAGAGGAUGGAGAACAGAGGAGGACUUUAAUAUGAGACUGAAGCAGAUCAGAGCUGAACCGAACAGUCUCAUUGGUUAAAGGAGAAUCCAUCACACCUGUUUACUCGCUGUGACCCGUUAGAAUCCUGUAAAUCCACUCUCCUCCUCCUUCUCUCCUCUCCUCCUCCCCUCCUCCUCCUCGCUUCUCCUCUCCUCCUCCUCUCUCCUCUUCCUCUCCUCCUACUCCUCCUCUUCUCCUCCUUUUCUCCCCCCUCCUCUCCUCCUCUCUUCUGCCCCCCCUCCUCCUCCAUGCUCCCUCUCCUUCCUCUCUUCCUCCUCCUCUCCGCCUCUUCCUCCCCUCAUCCUCCUCUCCUCCUCCCUCCCCUUUUUUCUUCUCCUUCUCCUCCUCCACAUCCUCCUCCUCUCCUUCCUCUUUUUUUCCUCCCCAUCCUCCUCCUCUCCAUUUCUCCUCCCCCCCCUCCUCCUUUCUCCUCCUCCAACUCUUCCUCUUCUCCUUUCCACCUCUUAUUCUCCUCCUCCUCCUCUUGUCCUCCUCUACUUUUCUCCUUCUCCCCCUCCUCUCCUCCUCUCUCCUCUUCCCCUCCUUCUCCUCUCCUCCUACUCCCCCUUUCUUUCUCCUUUCUCCUCCUCCCCCUUGUCCUCCUCUCUCCACCUCCCCUCCUCCUCCUCCUCCUUUCCCCCACCUUCUCCUCUCCUCCUGCUCUCUCCUUUCCUCCUCUCUCCCCCACCUCCUCCUCUCUCCUACUCCUCCUCUCCUCCUCCUCUCUCCUCCUCCUAUUUUUACUCCUCCUCACUUUAUCCUCUCCUUUUUCUCUCUCCUCCUCCUCCUCUACCCUUUCUUCUCCUCUCUCCUCCCCCUCCUCCUCUUUUCCUCCUCUCCCCCUCCUUUUCCUCCUCUCCCCCGUCUCCUCCUCCUCCGUCUCCUCCUCCUCCUCCUCUCUUCCCCUCCUCCUUGUCUGUUCCUCCUCCUUAACCUCCUCUCCUCCCUUCCUCCUCCUCCCUUCCUCCUCCCCCUCCUCCUCCUCCUCCUCUCCUCCUCCUCCUUCUCUCUUCUUCCUCCUCUCCUCCUCUCCUCUUCCCCCUCCUCCUCCUCUCUUCCCCUCCUCCUUGUCUGUUCCUCCUCCUUAACCUCCUCUCCUCCCUUCCUCCUCCCCCUCCUCCUCCUCCUCCCCUCCUCCUCCUCCUCCUUUCCCCCACCUUCUCCUCUCCUCCUCCUCUCUCCUUUCCUCCUCUCUCCCCCACCUCCUCCUCUCUCCUACUCCUCCUCCUCUCUCCUCCUCCUAUUUUUACUCCUCCUCACUUUAUCCUCUCCUUUUUCUCUCUCCUCCUCCUCCUCUACCCUUUCUUCUCCUCUCUCCUCCCCCUCCUCCUCUUUUCCUCCUCUCCCCCUCCUUUUCCCCUCUCCUCCGUCUCCUCCUCCUUCUCUCUUCUUCCUCCUCUCCUCCUCUCCUCUUCCCCCUCCUCCUCCUCUCUUCCCCUCCUCCUUGUCUGUUCCUCCUCCUCUCCUCCCCCUCCUCCCCCACCUUCUCCUCUCCUCCUCCUCUCUCCUUUCCUCCUCUCUCCCCCACCUCCUCCUCUCUCCUCCUCCUCCUCUCCUCCUCCUCUCUCCUCCUCCUAUUUUUACUCCUCCUCACUUUAUCCUCUCCUUUUUCUCUCUCCUCCUCCUCCUCUACCCUUUCUUCUCCUCUCUCCUCCCCCUCCUCCUCUUUUCCUCCUCUCCCCCCUUCUUUUCCCCUCUCCUCCGUCUCCUCCUCCUUCUCUCUUCUUCCUCCUCUCCUCCUCCUCUCUUCCCCUCCUCCUUGUCUGUUCCUCCUCCUUAACCUCCUCUCCUCCCUUCCUCCUCCUCCCCUCCUCCUCCUCUCUCCUCCUCCUCUCCUCCUCCUCCCCUCCUCCUCUCCUCCCUUCCUCCUCCUCCCCCUCCUCCUCCUCCUCCUCUCCUCCUCCUCCCCUUAUCAGUGAUGUAACCAUAGAGCAGCCAAUCAGCAGAUCUUGUCCUGUCUUCUGUCUCUCUUAGGCGUCCGUCCUGGAAAACCUCCGUCUGGCUGUUCGCUCUCAGCUUGGCUUCACCUCCCUCAGACUUCCAUCCCCCGGGCGCCACAGCAACCUCUGGCGCCGCCUUUUCACCUUCUCGCGAUCUCGGCGGUCUGGCUCCCUCGCCCUGGUCUCUGCUGACCUGGAAGACAGCGCCGGCACCGGGAGCACUGGGAGUUCUGGUUCGGACCUACUGUCUCCGGACUCUGAUGACACGGACACAGAGGGUGAUCGAGGACGGGAACGCAGCGUCGGUGCAGUGGGCGGGCCCGUUGCGCCCCUUCCCCACAAAACCCCGCCCUCCUGCAUCGUAGAGGCCGUUCUGUCCGUCACAACACAUGCGACCCCCGUGACCCCUACUCCUGGCCAUGGUAGACCUCAUGACAGACCGAGAGAGGCUCCGCCCCCUUCUGGUCCGGUCACCAUGGUAACAACCAGGUCAGAUCCAGCGGGACACAACGAGGCCUCGGACCUUCAGUCCCCGCCCACAUCAGCACUCCAGAGGCUGGCCCAGAACCUGCACCGGUUCGCGAGAAACCUGACCAGAACCAGCCAGAACCAGCAGGACCAGACAUGGACCAAUCAGAGCCCUCUCCACCAGCUGGAGACAGGAAGAGGCGGGGCUGAAGCCGCGGAGCGAAGAGGAAGCAGAGAAGAAGAGGAGGAUGUGGAACUCCUGAUCCCGGUCUUGGACUCCUCCUCUUCCUCCUCAUCCUCCUCAUCGGUUAGUGACAUCAGACAUCACCCAAGUCAUCACCAUGGCAAUGGUAGUCGAGGAGGGCGGGACGGUCCCUGUGAACACUGCAGGAUGGUACACACGGCGCAGAUCCCGGACGCCUGCCUGGAGGCCACGGCGAGCAAAACGGAGAGCAGUGACGAUGAGCUUCUGCUGCUGUGCUAGAGGGCUAACGAGCUACGCUAACAUGCUAACCAGCUGUACGAUACCGGUCCUACCCUGACAGAACACCCACAGACUGCAAAUGUGCUAACGUGCUAACAGACCCGACCUGCUAGCUAACCCUGCUAACCCUGCGUCAGACAGCUAACAUCAUGCUAAUAUCUCACCCUGGACCACGAGAGCGAGCCAAAAGUGCUAGCACGCCGUCUAGACAAGAGACAGAUGCUGUCCUCCUCCUGCUGUUAGCAUGUUAGCUAGCUUGACGGUCCUCAACGCUGUAUAAGAUUAACGAGCCAAUCAGACACAGCGAGGAGUGACAUCAGCGGUCUGGUUCUGGUACAACUUCUGGUCUGUCCAUGAAAACACUCCCCCCAGGUGAACUUCCUGUUUGGUACAGCUGACCCCCCCCCCCCUUCUUUGUUUUGUUGGGUUACCCGGGUCACCAUAAGAUGAGGAGGGUCAUGUGACCGCUGAGGGUUGCUGAAGGUCGCCAAACACCUGAAGACCAGGGCUAAGAGAGAGAGGCUGAACCAAGUCGGAAUGAGGACUUCCUCUGGUCCUCAAAGAAGCACAAGAACUGAGACAGGGACCGGAUAAGGUUCUGGUUCAGGUCCCUCAGGUCAUGUGACCCUCACUGUCUUAUCGCAGCCUUAAGUCUUCAUCACUGAACAUGGUCUGGGUUACCGUUCUCGACCUGGACAAGGUUCUGGAAAGUUUAGAACUGGACCCACUUUUACAGGAACUUCUGUGAACAUUUCAAACUACGAAAAAACGAUGACCUCGUCCUGAUUCACAACCCCCCCCCCCCCCUCCUCCUCUCCUCCUCUCUCCUCCUCCUCUGCUCCUCCUCUGCUCACCCUCUCCUCCUCCUCUCUCCUCCUCCUCUGCUCCUGUUUCUGUAUUUUUGUGUUUGGUACUAUAAUUUGUAAUGACCUGGUGUGUGUGAGUGUGUCUGUAUAUUUAUUUUUAUUAUUAUUAUUAUUAUUAUUAUUGUUGUUGUUGUUGUUGUUUUUGUUGUUGGAUUGGUUCUUCUUUUUGUGUUUGUUGGUUGUUUGUUGUGUUUUUCUUACCUGCAUGAUUUCAGGUGUUCGUUGUUUUUCUUUGAGUCUGUAGAUUAAACUGCACUAAAGAUUAAAGCUUCAUGUUCUCUAA